AUGAAAGCUUUCUACUGCCUUUUUGCUGUUCUCUUCUUCAUCGCACAGAGGUCCUUUGCUCAUUUACAUACCGAAUGCGAAGAUGAACACUCUGUGGAAGAUGAAGACCCUCAUGUGGAUCAUGUGGAUCAUGUGGAUGUGCAUCCUGUUCAUGAAGUAGUUCCGACUCCAUAUCAUAUUGCUCCGGUCGUGGCACCAAUUCCGGUUGCUCAUGUUGCACCAGCUCCUUACCAUCAUCAUCAUGUUGCUGUAAGCCUCAUGGUCAUCCCCACCAUCCCCACCACUACACGCGUACUGAACUCAGGAAUGUGGCAAAAUCUUAUCACAAAGAGUCAGGACAUACCUCGGAAACAGCUAUGGUGUCUGAAACAGGACACCAUCCUUCUUCUCACAAUCACCACUCUUUUGAGCACAUUCCUGAUGUAG